UAAGUAGUGUCUCUCGCGGUGGCCGAACGUAAACAUUUUUUUGUUGGACAGCAGGCAGCUAAUACGAUGGCGGAAGUCGCUCCAGCUCCAGCAGCCCCGGCGAAAAGCAACGCUAAGAAGAAGGCAGCGUCCAAGCCCAAAUCGUCCGGCCCUAGCGCCAGCGAGCUCAUCCUACAGGCCGUCACGGCGUCGAAGGAGCGCAAUGGCGUCUCCCUGUCCGCGCUCAAGAAGUAUGUGGCUAGCAAAGGCUACGAUGUAGAGAAGAACAAAGCUCGCCUCAAAACCUCCAUCAAGAACAUGGUGGCGAAGGGAGCAAUAGUUCAGACUAAGGGCACCGGUGCCUCCGGCUCGUUCAAGAUGAACAAGAAGACCGAAACGAAGGCAGUCAAGGCGCCCGCAAAGGUUAAGAAAUCCCCGGCCAAGGCUAAGAAAGCUGCCGUCAAGAAGGCCGCACCGAGCAAAAAGCCCAAAACGACUCCAGCGAAAACCGCCGCCAAGAAGGUCACCAAGAAGGCUGCGUCGCCCAAGAAAACGAAGAAACCCGCCAAGAGCACCAAGAAGGCGGCGACACCCAAAAAAGCUCCUGCGGCUAAGAAAACUGCUGCCGCAAAGAAGGCCCCCUCCAAAAAGGCCGCCAAGCCCAAAACCGUCAAGAAGGCUGCAUCGAAGAAGUAAUUCAGCAUACCUUUUAAUACAAAAGGCUCUUUUAAGAGCCACCACACCUUUAAAGAGUCUUCCAUUUAUCAAUACCCCAUAUAGUUCAAUGAUAACUGUGCAGGGUUGAUUGUUUUGUCUCAAAACAUUUUUGUGUCCUUUAGUUUUGAAAGAAGUUUAUUUCGUUCUACAGUAAUCUGUCUUAUUGUAUAUAUCAGAUUUCGGAUAGUAUGGAGUUGGGACAAAACGUCCUAUAUAAUACAUUACUGGAUACUAAAAAUCAUUCAGCAAAAUUAACAUUAACGUUUAAGAAGUCAUUGGUCGAUUGAGUUGACGAAUAAGUCAUUUCUAUCAACCAUUUUUGCUCCUCAGUGCUUUUGGGGUGUACAUUUGAUUGUCUGGUCUGCAGUCAUGAGGUCACAUUUGUUUUUAAUAAAUGAUGCAGAUAUAUUUCUUUUUAAAGCAACGCCUUCAGGUGAAUGUUUUUGUUGUUGUUUAAUAAAGUUUAUUUUGGUACAA